UUAUUAUGCUUUUUGAUCACUACUACUGUACCUACUGUACUGUGUUAGGUUAGGUCCAUGUCUGACUGGUAGUGAAGUCAGCUGAGGCAUUGGGUAGUUCAGUACGAUCAGUUUUAAUAGUUUCGGCUUUAUUAUUGUCAAUCAAAUUGUCAUUCAGUACUGCACAUCUGCAUUUGGAGCGACGUGUGAAAUUUAAAAUGCUUUGUUACUUAACGAAUAAUUGCAGUAUUUUAAAAGUUCUAGCAGUACUUAAAAACCUGUAAACAACCAUGGCUACUACACAAAUCGACCAAUCUAUCGCAAAAUAUGAAGCGUUCAUCAACGACGUCCUAAAAGAAGACCUGAAAAAAGUGGAUUGGCGGCUGCAGCAAAUCAAUGCAGAAAUCACCGACUUGAUUCAACAAAAACACACAUUGGAAGUGGUGACUUCAAAAGAAAAACAUCCUGAAGGUUUCAAGACGCAGGUGAACUUAGGAUGCAACUUUUUCAUGGAGGCCUCAGUUCCAGACACUUCAACAAUGCUUAUUAAUGUUGGUUUGAAUCAUUUUCUUGAAUUUCCUGCAGAAGAGGGUGUGAAAUAUUUGGAUGUGAGAAUAAAGGCGUUUGAGAGGAAAGCGGAGGAGUUGAAAGACCAGAGUGCUAAGACUAAGGCUCAUAUCAAGCUUAUGUUGUUUGGCAUUGGAGAGCUGCAGGAAAAAGCUAAGAUGUGAUAAAGUGAUGUAUCUUCAUAGAACAGCUUACUACUAUUCUACAAUAAGUUAUCAAGCCUAUAGCGCAAUGAACACUAGGAGUUUCAAUGGUAUCUUUUAAGUAAGGUUAACUCUUAAACUGUAGACUCUUGUAACAGGUUACUCAUUUGCAUUGUCAAACUCAUCAUUGGCCAUAGCAUCUUUGUAGAUGAUAGUUGCAGCGACUAAGGAGGUAUUUUGAGGAAGUAGUCUCUGGCCUACAUAGACUGCAAUGACUAUAGACCAAUGGCCAAUCAACAUUUCUUGAUGCAUCAAUCACAGAUGUGUCUUGACUUCUGGAGUGGUCCAGCAGCUCUGCAAGUUAGUGUCUGCUUGAGUUGGUCCAACCAAAGCUAGUUGUGCUUUGCCGUGCCUUUCCACAGGUUAUGACACCACUUCGUCUCAUCUCUUUGCGUUCCUCCCAAAGCAAGCAAAAAACUCUAAAAUUGAACCACAAGUGUAGUGAGUGGUUCGAAAAGUGAAAUGAGUGAUGAUUGACUGUUGUGUGGGUUUCUAAACUUGUAUGCUAAACAAAUUUUCCACCACACUAUUCCGAAGAAAAUACUAGUUGUAGAAUAUUACAAAUCAAAUCCAAAUGAAUGCUGUUAAAUAUUUAUUCAUCAAAGAUAAAGAUGAAGAUAUUUUAUUAUUCAAGUUAUUCAAGGCAUAAUGUGCUUAUGAAUGUCAAAUAAAGCUAUACCGGCUCUAAUCCUACA